AUGGAUGGUGCAGCAAUUGACUCGAAAGCGCUGUCUGACAUCGUGGACAAGUUCCUAAAGGGAGUCACAAAGCCCUAUGAGAAGGAAUUAUUCCAGUCAACGACGAAUGAAGAUGUGCUCGAAUACAUCAACUCCAUCCAGUCAAUCCGGGAGUCUACUAGAAAUAUGAUCAAUAUGAAGCGAAUAAAGCCAUUUCUCACCGGCAUGGAGCAUUUCGAAAAGGUCCUGACAGCUCUCGAAUUUGAGCACGUCGCAAAGAUCAUGGCUUGUGUUUGGGGCCCGCUUCGAUUUCUCCUCGAGGUCACAAAUCUGACGGACAAGGAGAUUGACAACCUACUGGAUGUAUAUGAGAAGAUUGGGAACAAGCUGCCACUGUUGCACGAGUAUGUACGCCUGUUCAUCGCGAUACCGGAGACUGCGGCGUCUUUGAAGAUCUAUAAACCCACAUGGAAAGCCUUGAACGCCACUACCGAUCAUCUGUUGGGCGCUCUCGAAAGACACCAAAAUUUUAUACAAAGCAGCGGAUCUCGUGUUCAGAAUUCUGGCGCAGAAUUAGAUCUGCACCCCGAUUUGCUGACACAAGACGGUGAACGUGUGAAGGCUGAUUUGUCCGAUUACCUCCAUGGUGUGAAGAAAUAUCGAGAAGAUUAUGAAGAGAGCGAGGAAAAGAGGAAAACAAAAGCGAAAAGGGGCGUUUUGGCGUGGAUAUCAGCCUCAAAGAAGACAGAUUCUCUUCACAAGAAGUUCCAAGAUACCCGAAUCUGCCCCGAUACUGGCCGCUGGCUGUUUAAGAGAUACAGCGAAGUCAGCGACUGGAUGAAGGAGGAUCAGCCACCCGAAUCCGCUAUCUGGCUUCAGGGAACCAGAGGCUUUGGCAAAACAAUUCUCGCGUCGUUAUUAGUCGAUGAGUUGGACGAACUGCGGAAGAAGAAGAAGUACAUAAUUCCCUCAGAGAGCAGGAUAUACUACUUCUAUUGCCAAGAAGAAGACUCCGAGCACCGCACCUAUCUGGACAUUCUCCGAGGCAUUCUCCAUCAAAUGGUCGAUUCGAAUGAUGAUCUUCUACCUCUUUGCGUGGAAAAAGCCGAGUCGAGCGGAAAUCCAAGUUUGGCGGACACGGAAACUGCCCAAUCUCUCAUCGAGGCCUUCAUCGAGUACAACACUAGGCAAUAUGUCAUCAUUGACGGCCUAGAUGAGUGUGACACCGCUGAAGCGCGCAAAGCGGCGACCUUCUUCAUGGGACAAGUCACAAAAUGCGACAAUGACAUCAAGCAAGGUCACCUGAGGCUGCUGUUUAUGAGCCAGCCCAUUCCAGAGCUCGCUAGGGCAAAGGUUAUGCCAGAGGACGAUGCCUGUGUGCAGCUCAAGGCGACAGACAAUGCGGAAGAUAUCAAGUCUUACGUGAGGAAGCGGAUUGAGGAGUUUUCGGAGGUUCGCGCGACACGAAGCGGGUUCAAUCUCCUGGAAAGCGACAAAGACCAGAUUGAGAGCAGCAUCUGUCGUCGAAGCGAAGAAAUGUUUCUCUAUGCUCAUCUGGCCAUUGAGUAUCUCUUACAGCAACCAACCAAGGAGAAGCUCAGAGAGAAGAUGAAGGAGGAGAUGGCUCCCAAGGAGCUCAAGCAAAUAUAUGAGAAGCUUCUAGGCAUAGUCAAGGCCGAGCUGUUAAACCUGACAGAUGGCGAAGAUCACUGGGACAUGGCCAAACAGCUUCUAGGCUGGCUUGUCUGCGCAAAACGUCCUCUCAAAUGGCAUGAGAUGCAGUCUAUUCUGUCAUACGUCCCUGAUCAACAAAAGGUAGACUUUGACAACAAAAUGCUUCGACAAGAUGCCAGCAAGUAUCUCGGAUCGCUGGUUCAUGUUCUCGAGGGCGGGCAUAUUCGAAUUGUUCAUUCCACAGCGAGGAGCUACAUCAUCCAGAAUCAGUACAUCAAUGCGCAAGCGGUUUAUUGCGAGCUUGCAGUACGCUGUCUGAGAUACUUGUGUUUGAUCAGCGAUUCAAAAGCUUACGCCGAGGACGAACGUAAAGAAAAAGUGAAGCUCGGCUGGUUCUCAUUCCAGGACUAUGCUUGUUCUCAAUGGCACAGCCACGUCAGCACCGUGAUUGAACUGUGCGGCGAUAUCUUUCACGAUCCGAGCCAGAAUUAUGGAAUCAAGUUUGGUUCUGCGUUGCAAGACUUCAUGAACCAACAUGCCGCUGAUCUCGCAAAGGAGCGUCAUCGAGACUUUGCGAUACAGAUGCCUCCUGAGUUGACCAGAUUUUCGGGGCUCUUCUUCUAUGACAAUCUUUGCAAUUUGUGGAAUCACAUAUAUACUCAUCAAAAAGGCGAGUGGGAGAUCAGAAACACCGUUGGGAUCACUCGCAUCGAUGAAGCCCUGGCUGAGAACCGGAACGUCCUGGAAACCUUCACACCCGACAUGGAGGCCUACAAUCACGACACCAUAGAAGAUUACUACGGCCCGAAUCUCUUCAAGUGCAAGCGCCUCUUGUGCAAGUUCUUCCACGUCGGCUACGACAAGAAGGAGGAACGCGAAGCCCAUAACAGCCGCCACGACAGGCCCUAUCAAUGCCCCCUUCACUGCAACGCCGCCCCCAUCGGAUUUCCAACGAGGAGGGAUAAAGAGCGGCAUGUGCGCUUCUAUCAUCCCGACUUGACCGAUGGUCCGUCCGUGUUCGAAGCGAUGCGUCCAAGGAACGGGUCGAGGUCUUUUAAAUGCAGUUUAUGCGACAGAGAGUUUACACGUAAGAUUACGCAGCUUGGGCAUGAGAGAAGUCACUUUGGGGAGAGGCCAUACAAGUGCUCGACUUGUGACAGGGCGUUUGCAAGGUUGAACGAUUGCAAUCGGCACCAGAGGCAGGUUCACGCACACAGGGGAGUGCGGUAG